AUGACCGAUAUAUUAGUUUACGUACCCGAUCUGCCCGUGGACGUUAGUGAGGAUGAGCUUGAGGCAGCGAUCGAGACUCGUCUAAAGAUCGGCCAACGUAUAGAAGUGGACAGUGUUAAAUGCUAUUCUAAACUGGGUAUUGCUGUCAUUAAAAUGACGAAAGAAGAUGAUAAACAUCAUCUUGUUUCGGAUGUUGAAUCAAUUGUUCUUAACAAGGAUCUCGGGAUAAAUAUAUCAUUUAUUGAUAAACUUGAACUUGGAUCUUACAUUGUAAUUGAUCAAAAACUGAAAAAUAUUCCUUCAGCCGACGAACUUGCUCAACAUUAUUCGCAUGCAUAUAAAACAUCGAAAGUUCGUACUUGCGAGACGGUAUCCGUUCAAUUUCCUAACGUUUUUCGCAUUUCUUUCAAAAGACUUGAUGAACUGAUUCAAGCAGCGAAUGCACCUAAUUUUAAAAUUGAUACUGUGUUUGCUACUGUUUAUCCGCGUGCUGAGCUUAACUUUCUUGAAGAUCUACCACCACAUACUGAUGAAAAACAAAUUACAGCAGCUAUUGCAGCUCAAAUUGCUGAAUCUCAACUCUCAACAACAUCAUUCUAUGUUCAACAUAAUAGACAAACUGGUAAUGCAAUUAUAAUAGCAUCUAAAUCUAUGAAAAAAUGGGCAAUGGAAGGAUUUCUAACCAUCGAUGGACGCAAUAUAUCAAAAAAGCAUAAGCUUCCAUAUAGAGUGCUCGUUUCACCCGUACCUCAUGGUUUUGAUUUAGACAAAAUACUUCGUAACAAAUUGUUUGGUAAUCGAGUUGCUUCACAUAAACUUAUCGAUGACAAACUCAUUAUAGAACUCAAUGAUUUGAAUCAUUAUAAUGAUUGUGUAGAAAUCGGAGGAUUAGGGAUUGAUGGCAAAGCUUUGAUAAUUAAACCGCAUACUGUUGUCAGUGAUCCAGACUCAUGUGAGCUCGAUGCUUUAAAUUGGUAUGAAACAGCUAUGUUAGAUAUCAAACCAGAUAUAACAACAAUUAUCACUGAUCAUCAACAUCCAAUAUUCCGAUUCAAAUGGAAUGCAGCAAAUUUUGUUGAACAGAUGAAAAAGGCAGAAACAUCAGCUAUAUUUGUGAAAGGUUAUGAUCUUACUCGACAUUUACUACGAGUAACAGUAAUGUUGAAUACUAUUGGAGCUCUUAGAAAAAUGAAAUAUAUUGUGGAUGAUAAAGAAAUCAAAUUAAAAUUUGAACGAACGAAAACAAUUGGUUAUAAUCAUCAAUCAAAAUUAUUUAUGGGAAAAAAAGUUUCUGAGUCAGAUUUGAAAACACCGUACCUAUCAACAACUGUCAAAGUCAUUAAUCAAGAUUGCCUUGUUCUGUGUGAACAAUUGGUUGCUGAAGGACGUCGACCAUUGGUGCUUAACAUGGCCAAUGCAGCCAGUCCCGGAGGUGGCUAUCGAAAAGGUGAUGGCGCACAAGAAGAAAAUAUUUUUCGUCGUUCAGAUUAUUAUCAUAGUCUCGAUGGUGACCUAGCUGAUAAAAAUCGAUCGGAACGACUUUACUGUACACCGAAGGGUGAGCAAAAACCGCUGGUAGGCUUCGCUAAUUAUUAUCCAAUGGAUGAAUUUGGAGCAAUCUAUACAUCUGGUAUUACUGUAUUUCGUGGCACUGAGCAAGAUGGUUAUCCUUAUAAAAAAGAACCUCUCUACAAUAUGUGUGCUAUUGCUAUGGCAGCUUAUCGAGAUCCUCCACUAACUUCUAAUAACACAUUACAAAAUCGAACAGCUAUGAAUACACAUAGAAAGAUUGAAAAUAUCUUCGCUAUAGGAUAUCAUCAGAAGCAUGAUUGUUUGGUUUUAUCAGCUAUUGGUUGUGGUGCUUUCAAAAAUCCACCUGAACAUGUCGCUUUACUUUUCAAAUCUGUUAUUUUACAAUAUGCUGGUUAUUUUGAUACUAUUUAUUUUGCUAUUAUUGAUGAUCAUAAUGCUGGACAUCGUGUCAAUCCUAAUGGAAAUUAUCGUCCAUUUAAAGACAUACUUCAUGAUUUAGUAGUACGAUCACCACAAACAUUACGUGUCGAUGGCAUUACUGGUCCAUAUCGUAUUCUUGAUAAAACAUCUGAUGGACAAUUAACACUCGGUAAUGCUUAUAUUUCACAAUCACCACCUUGUCAACAUGGCAAUAAUUGUCGCGAUAUUAAAAAUAUGGAUCAUAGUCAAAACUUUUCACAUCCACCAAGAUGUUCAUUACAAAGUACUUCUUCAGAAUGUGAUCAAAUAAACGAUGAAGUACAUAUGGCUACGUUUAUGCAUACCAGAAAAUGUGAUAAGGGUGGUGUAUGUGACAAUGAAGAUGCUGCACAUUGGAAUGAUUGUUAUCAUCCAGAUUUUUGUAAGAAUAAAUCGCAUUGUAUCGAUUAUACUUCUGAACAUUUAUUUUCGUAUCGACAUUUACCUGCCUGUCCAGAUGGAAUGGAUUGCUCAAAAUAUUUGAAUCACGAUGAUGAUCAUAAGAAAGCAUUUCGUCAUUUCAAAUCGAUUUGUCCAGAUGAUAAUUGCUGCAGUAAAUUUUAUGACGAAACACAUACGAAGAAAACUAUACAUUCAUUUCGUGAACCGUGUCCAUUUACGCCAUAUAUAUGUGCUAUGUAUGUCGAAUAUUUUCAAGCUGGUAAAUCAAAAAAAGUUCAGCCAGAUAUAGAACAGCAUUGUCUACAAUAUUCACAUGUUUGUCCUUAUGGUCGUCUAUGUAGAACAACCGAGGAUAAACAUUACGUAACAACGAUUCACAUUGCUCGACAUAUUUGUCCUGAUGGAGACAAAUGUACAAAAAUGAAUAAAGAAAUUCAUUUGGAAUCAUAUACUCAUCCAGGUAUUCGUGAUAUUCGUCUGGUUUGUAAACAUCCAGGAUAUAAAUGUCAUCAACGAUUCGAUCAUAAACAUCUGACAACUUAUCGACAUGGACAAAAUUUUGAUCAUCUGACUGUGGCUCCAUCAAGUAAUUUUAAUUCACACAUUGAUUUUGUUCAAAAUCAAAGACAUUUAAUCAAAAGUGUGAACAGUUAUAUUAGUGCGGCAAACUGGAAAAAUACGAAAGUAUCUCAUCAAUUGCAAGAUUGGAUACAAGCAUUGCAACCUGUACAUCGAUGUCGCAAAGAGAUAUUCGAAUCAAUACUUGUUCAUGGUCAUGUUAUGAGUCGUAAAUAUAUGAAGAAAUUAGAAAUACCAACAUGCGUAGCGAAUGCUGUAUUACAACAUAAUCGUGUACGUUCCAUUAUUCUUAAACAUAACAGUGAUGCAGUGAAAAAAAAUGCAUUCGAGCUUAUCAAAUCGUUAGUUAUAGCUGAAUUUGCAAAAACAGGAGCCGAUGGAAUAGUUACAUUGGACCCUGAUCACGAAGACAAAGUAAAAAUAGCAAAAACGAAACUUAAAAUAUCGUUAAAUGACCAUGAUUUAAAAGUCAUCUGUGAUUGGACAUUAAAAAUUGCACGAGUGUCGAUCGCAUUACAUGGUGCACCAAUGGGAAUAGGAUUUGAUGUUGAUGAGAGAAUGGAAACAGACAAACACGUUUUCAGUAUCUUAGGACCACAUCUUGGUUAUUAUUAUGGCGAUAUUGUUAUUACGUUCAAACAAGAUAUCAUGUUCCACCCUGAUGCUAAUUUUUCUGUUCAAGCUGCUACUAGUUUUAAUACUGGAAGAACUUAUUUAAAACGCCCAUGGGUUACAAAUCCAAGCACACUGGAGGGGUGUGUUAAAGAUUUUCAUCAUUCAAAACUACAUUGUUCUGUUCCUCGUUAUGAAUAUGCAACUGCCAUGGAGUUAGCUGCUAUAACUGGUAGAGAUAUACAAUCCAUGGAUGUUGAUAUCAACGAUGUUCUUCAUCGAUGGAAUACUGUGGAUUCACAUGAAACAUUCGAAGGUCAUUUACCACAACUUAUUCCAUUAGAUUAUGUCGACUGUGUUUACAUGCCAAUAAAUGUUUUUGAAUCUCUUAUUCCCGAAGCUCAACGUUCAGCAAAAGAAUUAUUUAAAGACUCACUUAUUAUAUAUGAUCAACCAGUCGACAUUGGUUUACUUAAACCAGGUGGUACAGUCCCAUUGGAUGUCACGCGUAAACCGUAUCUAAACUAUAUAGCUGAUCAACUUAAUCAAAAGAUUCAAGAGAGAAUGAAUACGCCACGUAUUUCACGAGGCAUUGUUAUAACAGUUCCAAGCUCUAACUUUGAUGAACAUAUUGUUCUGCCUAUGACAAUUUCUCAAUCAUAUGAUCUAUACCGACUUGAUAAAAACACAGCACCAGAUAGAUGUGAAUACACUUAUAUCUAUUGGCAGGCAAUGCGUGGUGAUAUGAUGUUAACAAUAGCCAAUGAAAAGAUCCAACCUAGUAAAGACCAGCCUAACCUGCGAUGUCUCAUUUGCUACGUAGCUGAAAAGCCAUCGACAAAUACAGAACAGUAUUAUGAACAAUAUUCAUACUUGAAUAAUGGUCAUCCGUUACAUCAUUCUACCAAUGUUUAUGCGAGUAAAUUUAAAGUAAAAUCAAAUGUAUUUUAUCGUGGUUGCAAUACUGAUGAUUUCUUUACAUUUUGUUUACAAUUAAAUCAUAAAACAAAUGAAGUAAUAUUAUCUCAUGCUGGUCCUAAUGGUAUAUAUAAUCAUGAAAAAAUCUCUCAUCAAUUUAACAAAUCUGAUUUGGAUAUAUCAAGAAUAGAUUAUGUUCAUGUUAGCGGUGGAAAUCAAGAUGUUCCUAUACGUAAUUUAACGAUUCACCAUGAGCCAAUACUUGAGUUACAUCCGACGUUUGACAAAGAUUUUAAAUUAGAUACAUCGCGAUUGCUAGGAAAUCGCUAUACGUCGAUGGAGCAUAAUGUUUAUGAAUCUCACUAUAGGAAUGCAUCCAAAGACAACCACAACGUUGCUUAUAAACCACAUAAGCCACGAGUAGCCUCUACACAGCCACUGCAUUCUCGUCCACCACUAUCUGCACCACCAGAAAAAAUGAAUAUUUUCCGACGACUGAAACGCAAACUUUUUGGUACCUCAACAAACGAUAAAUCACCAGCGCUGCAUCGAGCUGUAUCUAAUCAAGAUUUUACUAAUAUUGCAGACGUUGAGACACCAGCAUAUGAUCGAUCGAGGAAUAAAUCGUCAAAAGCUACAGCACCAUCAGCCAACUACAAUCCAUCAAGAACUAGGACACCGUCGCCAAACUCCAAGCCACUGAGAGCUCGAACACCUCCGUUGAUUUCAUCGAAAUUAUCUCCUUGUCGCGAUUCUAUAUAUUGUCUGAAUCAAGAUGUCAAAGAUCAUAUUGAUGAAUUUUCUCAUCCGUGUCGUUUUAACGAAUUAUGCCGAAGACAGAGAGACGAACCGCAUCUUAUUCAUCAGCGCCAUAAUAUUUCCAAAUGUACACAAGAUAGGGAUUGUAAUGAAAAAACAAAUCCUAUACAUCGUGCACAAUACCGACACCAAGGCUUAUCUGAUUUUCUUAUUCCAUGUCGUUAUCAAGAUGAUUGCUACAUUAAAUCUGAGGAGCAUCGUCUAAAAUAUUUUCAUGGCGAAGAAAUACCCUUAAUUAAAAAAAACAAAUCAUUAGCGCCUUGUCUUGGUCGUACUGCACCAAAAUCUCUGAUUCCAUGCAAUUUUAGAAAUGAUUGUCGGAAUAAGAAUGUUCCUCAGCAUACAGCAAGAUAUUCACAUCUUACUUAG